AUGACAUCGCUGUCUGUUGGUCAAGUCUCGGCGUUGAUUGCUGCAGGCACUACUUCACUACAACUCCUGUUACCACUAGCAAUCCCGCUCAUCCUCAUAGCUUUCAUCAACAAGCGGGAUGAUCAAGUACAGCAGACCGCUGUCACAUGGUCUACGCUCAGUCGAACCCUCCACUCAACAUACUGGCCAACAAUCCUCAGCUCGGACUCGUCAGCGAGUAAGAAUGUGAACCCUGCAGUUGUCGCCGCAGUCUACUUGGGCAUCUUCACAACAGUUCUAGUCGCUGUGACUGCCGUCAUCACGCCCCUUGGUCUUUAUGAUGCAAUGCUGUCCAGUAAACCUCAGAGAGUGCCUUUCAGCUACGCGCAAGAUCUGACACCCUUCGGAUAUGGAAGUCUUCCUAGGAAUGAUAUGGGCUUUAAUCGUAUCUGUGGAAGCCCGGAAGGAUCGAUGAGUUGUCCCGGCUCAAACUUCUCUGUCUUCCGAGAACUCUACACUAAUUUUGAUAAUUUUACCCUCAAUUGGAGCUGGACAGAUGGCUACUACUACACCAACAUCUCUUUGGAGACACAGAACCUAUGGGCAAGUGGCCUAGACGUGAUGGAAAGGAGUGUGUCCAGUAUGUUUGAUAUUCAGUGGCGUUCCUAUGAGAUCAGACAGCAGAAUCUAUCAAGCAUGUUCACUAGGUACAAUGAUAUCUCUUCAUCUACUGAGAAGUACUACGACAAUGGAUCACCAUACCUAGUGGGAGGAUACCGGCCGAUACAAGGGUUACUUUCAAGCAACGGAUUCAAAAUUAUUGAAGGGCUGGUGGUCGAUUUGGAAAGAGGUGGAAUUGGUUUUCGUAACCACACUAUUCCCCCUCAGAUUUCUCAUGAAGUCACAUGGACAGAAGAUAUCCUGUUCAUUGUGCCCGAAACAAGUUGCGUCGAUAACAAUCUAACGAUCGAUUACGAUCUCAAAGAAGACGAUACACUCCACACAUUGGUAUCUGGUGGCAUCCUACGGCUGACAGAUCGUGGCGGAUUCGCAGAUCUGAACAGUACAGUCAACCUGGAAGGCAUUCACACCAUGAACAGCUCACAAGACAGCAUCUAUCUCCAUACUAGAGCACUAUUUGCAGCUGGAUAUAGCAACGCAUUAACCAUGAUUUAUAUGAAUUUGACGGACAAAGAGCGCGGCCUGAAAGAAUUCAGGAUGUACGAACAGGCGCCAGUCGGGACAUCAUACCUUCUUGAAGAUGAGUCGAACACAACUUCAUUCAGCGGAAGCGGUGGGAAAGCGGCCAAUUCAUCCCAAAACCAGGGAGAAUUGCUCUUCAUCUACACGAAUCCUCAUAAUGUCACAACGGAUGCUUUUGAAUACUUCGAGGAUGUUGCUCAGGGACGCGUAGAUUCAUGGUCUUUAGCAAACAUUUCGAAUAUCGCGAUAGCCACGGGUACCUUUUACCCUCCACCGAGACCUAUGGGACGAGACCUGAACCCUUUUGAUCUUGGCAAGCCCGGAGACGCAUGGACACAACGAGUUUACACCUGUGCAUCGGCUUCCCGAGCUACUAUCAAAACUGUUACAUUUCUAUAUAAUGGUAACGGAGGCCUAUCAGAUCUGCGUGUCAUCAAUGUGACGGAAAAGACCUAUCCCAAUACAUCAUCCAUGCCCAUCUGGGGAGUGGAAGACUCUGGUAUUACUUAUAGGGAUAUAAAACCAUUUUGGGGUCUAUUAAGCCCGAAAUUCGCAGAAAGGUCUAACAUUUCAUCUAUCCAGAGGGAGUCACUAUGGCUUCCUGGAUAUACUGGGCGCUUUUUGUCUUCAGUUGUAGACUCCAAGAUGAACACACCAGGAGCAAGCUUUUACAGCACUAUCAUGCAAUAUAUCUAUGCAGAGCUAUUCAGUGACACAGCACUUGAAUCUGUAGAGAUCCAUGACUACUCAGGGUAUGGUCAAUUCGCCCUAUAUCAAAGGUGGCUUGAACUUGGACGGACAGCUACACGGUCUGCAGACAUUAUCAACCUGAUAUGGACAGACAUCGCUGCAAACGCUGUAGUUGGUACUCGAUCCUGGUUGGCUAAGUCGCCAGGUUCAGCCACAUCUGUAUCUCAAGACCAGAACAGUCCGCAUGAGGUACCCCACGUCAUUCUGAUGCAACGAAGCACGAAGUACAAUAUUGUCUACGCGGUACCAGUAAUGUUGUUGCUGUUGCUGACACUCAUCAUAAGUGUCGCUACAGUCAUACUUCUGCUUUUGCAGCGCACUGGGUUGGAUAGGAUGAGAUGGUUCCUUAAUCAAACCUCGUUGGGACGCAAUCUUACAGCGCUUUUAUAUCCAGAUGUUAGCUCACAGCAGUCUUCACAGAAAACAUGGGCGAAGAACGAUGCACAUAGGGUAAUAACUGCGGCUCCAGAUAAACCGUACGCUGGCAACCAGGUGGAAAAUGAGACGAGCCCUCAGUCCAAAGAAGACAUGACAGUCUCGCAGCGUUUGAUGAAUGAGGGUGACAAUGAGCGUUUGGAACAAUAG